AUGGAACUAGUAAGCAGCGGUCUUUAUGACACACAGAACGACUUAGCGGUGGUUAUUCAACCUGCUUUUCAACUGCCUCCGAAAACUAAGGUACGGGAAGCUGCUCUUUUGCUAUUUAAUUAGUUUUCCGUUUUCUGAGUGUUCAUAGAUAACGUUGUCAGAAAAUAACUUAUGAUUGUUGCCCUGAUGUCGCUCAUGUAGUUUAUUGACAUUUCUGGUAGUAAGCGGAGCUUGUUGAGCAUGAUCUUGGGAAAAGGCCGAGGGCUGCUCUUUUGGCUUUGUUUUUCACACAUCUCUAUACCCAACUAAAGAUCCUGUUCACGGAUUAAGACGGACUUUAUAGAACUUUAUCACUCUCGUAGCCAGCGUCUAUGAAAAUGUCUUGGAAUAAAAAAAGCUUUUACGUAAGAAAGGAGUUUAACUCCCACAGGCUCUGUUUGGAAGACCAACAUGGCCGCCGUUUCAUUGUUUUUGAGACACCAAUAUGGCCGCCAUGACGUCAUGUGAAAAAGCUAUAUGGUUCAAGUAUCUUGUACCAGCGCGGGAGCGGGACUUUAAAUACCUUCUUUUUGAUACUCCCCUCCCCCCAAGUAAAGCCCUCUUUAAACCAUAGUCUCUUCUUUAAAAGGGCAUUUAUGUGGCUUCCCACGGGUCCACCAGGGCUCGUUAUCAUCCAGCAAAGCCAGAAGUUUUGAAUCAUUAUCUUUACCUUUUCUUCUUGCAGGAUGGCAAGUUAGUGGAGGAAUUCUUUGGCGUAGACUGUCGGCACUUUUCAGCACAGGGCCAUGCAGCAGCAGCUCUAGCCUUAUGGAGAAACAUGGUA